AUGACUCCAAAGAGGCUCGAGACAUUAUGCCUCACGAUCUACAUCCAGCUGCUGUGGACUUGUGCAGUCGCAGCACCAGCACCGCUUCUAAAAGCAUCACCGCUGGCAAGUGAGGGUUUCGGCGCAGGACGCAACUUAUUAUCGCCGCUUCCUGAUUCCUACAACACAACAUCCCCUCCUCCUCCCUCUCUCACCUUGCUUCGCUCACCCCUCCACCUCCUCUUCUACGACCCCACGCCUCCGAUCCCCAAAGCCGAAGCCGAAACCCUCUGCAACGAAGCCUUGAACGAAGCCGGCCGCAACAUCGCGCGCAAAUUCGGCGAUUUGCACAUGAGAGCGGAGGAGUACUACGCGCAAGGGCAUGUGGAGUUGGUCGUUGAGCCUGGGGAGGAGAUGACGUGGCUGAUGGAGUGGGAGGUGCCGGGUGCGCUGAGGGAUUGGUUGCAGGGGAGUGGGUUUCGAGGGACGCGGUUUUGGGUCUUGUGGGAGGGCGUGGAGGUGGGCAGGGGGAGGAUUGUGGGGGGGCAAGGGGGUUUGGAUGGGGGGUGA